GGGACUUGGAUCAUGGCUGCCGCGCCGCCGCUACGGGACCGCCUGAGCUUUCUACACCGGGCUGUUCAUCCUUGACUGUUGAGAGAGGACCCUGCUGCAGCCUCCCUGUGGCCAGUAACACAGUUCUCACCCCUUCCCAGGCCUCUCUCUGGCCAUGUCAACAGCGAGAGGUGGGCCGUUUCCAUCCCCUUUGGAGGGCUGUGGACCCACCCCUGUGGGAGAUGGCACCUCAUCCUGGCGGGGCUCUUGUUCCCUUUCAGCUCCCGAUUCUUCUGAAGGGGACAUCGGAUGAUGAUGUCCCAUGUCCAGGCUACCUGUUUGAAGAGAUUGCUACCACAGAAAUCUCCCACGAGUCUCCGGGCAGCAGCCAGUGCCUGCUGGAGUAUCUCCUGAGCCGCCUGCACAGCAGCUCCGGCCACGGGAAACUUAAGGUGCUGAAGAUCCUGCUCUAUCUGUGCAGCCACGGCUCCUCCUCCUUCCUGCUCAUCCUCAAACGCAACUCUGCCUUCAUCCAGGAAGCUGCAGGUACAGGGGCUUUGGACAAUGGGGGAGGGUGACAAAUCCUCCGGGCUUGAGAAGGAAGACUUCAGCCAGAGCCCUCACCUGGGCCUGGUCCCCAUCAAAGCCCCGCCUUGCUGAUCCUGGCCCAUCCCUGGCCUCUCCACCUGCUGCCCACCCUCACCGCAGCUGGCCGACUCGGCCUCCCCUGACGUGCCCUGCCCCUCCCUCCGCUGGGUCCUCCGUGCCUCCCAUGCGUCCCUGGGCCUUCAGCUGCGUCUGUCCCUGUGCUUGCUGCCCCGGGUGCCAUUGUUUGUUUCUCUGUGUGCCCCGCGGGUCUUCCCCCUCCAUCCCAGCGCCCACACGUAGCAGACUCAGUGCCUGUUCACACGUCCUCCUCAGGCUGUGGGUUCUUGUUCUAGGGCUGCUCCUCAGAGCCCAAGACAGAGGGAAGCCAUGGGAGGGCGGGACUGGGAGGCAGGAGAGGCGGGGCCCCGGCCAGUCGGUCUGUCCAGACAGCAGGUGGGUCUGGGGGAACCGUCCCGCAGGCUGGGGGGCAGUCCCAUGUGCCUCUGCCUAAUGAGAUCUUCCAUGGGGCUCCAGGCGGUCACUGGGCACACCAUGCCUGGACCCCAGCCCAGCCCCUGAGGGGAAUUCUGGGGAGGGACACUGAGUCUCUGUCGUGCCGCUGCUUGCUUAUGGAGACCCUGAGCGUGUCCGUCCACUGGGCUCACCCCAAAACCGGCGUUGAAACCAGUGUUGCCCGACUUUGUGACAAGUGGGCAUGCAGCUCUAGGUGUCCCUCAGGGGCCAGUGCCCUGGGCCAUUGACCGUUGUGACACAUGACUUAGGCGGUAGAUGCCCCUGAAGGAACGGCUGUGCGGGGGUGCUCUCGCCAUCCUGAUAGAGCGCCUCACAGCUUUGGGGCCAAGGCAGUACCAGCCGUUUGUCCUCACCAUUCAGCGGGUCAGAGGGCCCCGGGCUCCGAGGCCAUUCUCAUGGCUGUGGUUGGUGCAUGUACGUUGUGGCUUCAGUGGUCUCAGGGACAUGCCCUGGGGUGGGGGCUGCAGCAGGUGGGGGGAUGGGGCACGGCAGGCCCCGAGGAUGGGAAAGGCUGUUCUUCUGACCCUGGGUUCUUGUUGGCACUAGAGUCUCUCCUGUGCAGAGGCAGUUGUGGAUGAUGGCUGUCGCCAGCUGUACCUGGGCACUGGCCCUGGGCGACGCGCAGGCUGUGGGAGGUGUCGCGACAGUCCCCGUGAGGAAGGCAGGUGCCAGAUGCUGCACGUGAGAGAUGGGGCGCCCCGCCCCAGGCGGCGGGUGUGCAGCAAGGAUGGCCCACCCCACACACGCAGAGAGUCAGAAAGAGGAAAGAAACACAAAACGCAGCUGGCAGUUAAAGACAGGUU